GGGAAGACAAUUUCUCUGGGGCGGGGGUUUCUAAAAUGGACCUGUAUAAAGAAGCCAUGGAGGUAGAUUUUGAAGACACUCCUAACCCACAAGCUCCAGAUAUGCUGGACACAAUGUUACAAGACGUGAAACCUUUCAGAGCGUUCCAUUCAGUCUCCUGGCUUGCCCAAAGUAGCAACAAUAUGACCAACGCUGAACUCGGAUUGUCCCAGCUGAUUGGGGAAUCUCACGCCUUACUCAACCCAUUGACCACAGAUUUGAGGACCUCUCCUUGCUCCAGAGACAGAAAGCCUCUUCAGGCCGAGGACACUGUACAACUUAUUUACCCAGGAAUUAUCCAACCAGAAACGGUCUCACUUCCACAGAGUCCAAGGACUGCCUUUGGGUUACCUCUGAAAAUGGACAACUCUAUGCCAGGAUCUUGUGUAGAGGACAGUCAGCAGUCUCCCUGCCUCAGCAGAACCCUGUCUCCUGCAGGGUCGUGGUGUAGUGAAUUAUCAAUCUAUGACUCCAAAGCUUCCCCAUAUUCAGUUGAACAACUGGUGACCUCGGUGGGUUCGUCUGAGUUACACAGCCCCGUGUUUGACCUUCAAAGCCCCGCUAUUGAUGGUUUGAGUCCCCUCUCACCAAGCAGUUCAGGUCCAGCCUCCCCAUCUACAGAUCUCCUGGGCAACAGCCCUCAGCUGGAGCAGCCAGACACACAGAUCUCCUCAAGCCCUGGAAACGCUAUUUCUGGUCGCAGGGGCAGUGAGGACUCUGGUUAUGGCUGUGAGGCUGGCCAACAAACCUCAUCAAAUGAAGAUACAGGCAAGAUGACCCGCAGACUGAGGACAGCUUUUACAUGUGAACAGAUUGCUACUAUGGAGAAAACCUUCAAAAAGGGGAAAUAUCUCACCCAAUCCAGUAGAAGAAAACUGGCAAACAAGCUCCAGCUGUCUGAAAACCAGAUCAAAACCUGGUUUCAGAACCGCAGAAUGAAACAGAAACGUGAAACUCAAGAUGUCAGGCACAGCUCAAUUUAUGCUGCCAACCUGUUUGGCCUUCCUGGUUACCAUCUUCAACAGCCUGGACCUCUCUAUGCCCAGCCUAUACACAGUGGACCUCAACCGAUGGCCUACUCUCAGCCACAAUUAAACUCUAUGACCGGAACCUACCCCUACCCCCUUCCUGCCUCAAACCCUUACAAUCCAUUAAAUGCUACAGUCCGUCCAAUGAUGUAUACACCACAGCAACCUGCAAUGUACCCUCCUGGAUACCAUGACCAGAGGUCAUACCCAAAACUUCAACCCCAUAUGUACCCACCAGUGUACCAUGGGGAGAGGCCAUAUUUUUAGAUGUUUACACAGACUGAAAAAACAUUCAUGUAGACUCGUUGAUUUUGAAAGAAAAAUAU